GCUUGCUCUUCCAAGAACAUCCAUGGCCUCUCCAUCCUUCCCUCCAAAGGUCCCUACCAAGAAUGGCACUUUCUCUCCACUCCAUCUCCACUUCUCCAUCCAAACACCUUCCCAUGGUCUCCAUCCCUUCUCUCAGCCUCAAGCAAUCCUUCCUCUCAUUCCAUCACUCACCAUUCCUCCAUUCUCAGCAAUCCUAUUCAUCCAUCCUUGAGCUCUGUGCUUCUCAUAAGGCUUUGCUACAAGGGCAGCAAAUCCAUGCCCAUAUGCUCACUUCCAAUGCACUUGCUAAUGAUGAUGGCUUUCUUAGCACCAAACUCUUGUUCAUGUAUGGGAAAUGUGGCCAUCUUGCUUCUGCCAAGCUUGUGUUUGAUGAAAUGCCUCAAAGAACUGUUUUUGCUUGGAAUGCUAUGAUUGGUGCUUAUGUCUCAGCUGGACUGCCUUGGGAGGCUGUUAAGCUUUUCAGAGAUAUGAGUGUUUGUGGAGCUGUUCCAGAUGCUUGCACUUUUGCUUCAGUGCUUAAAGCUUGUGGUGAGGUUGGGAAUAUCUGUUUUGGUGUAGAGGUUCAUUGCUUGGCAGUUAAACAUGGACUUGUAUCAACCACUUUUGUUGCGAAUGCACUCAUAGCAAUGUAUGCGAAAUGCGGCUUGUUUGAUUUUGCCAUGAAGUUGUUUGAUCUGAUGGAUGGGGACCGAGAUGUUGUGUCGUGGAAUUCUAUCAUUGCAGCUUGUUUGAAGGAUGAGCAGUUCAUUGAAGCUCUUUUCUUGUUUAGAGAAAUGCUUGAGGCUGGUAUCGGAAUGAACUCAUACAAUGUAGUCAGUGCUCUUCAAGCUUGUGCGGAAUUAUCGCUCUUGAAAUUGGGUAUGCAGAUUCAUGCUUCAGUUUGGAAACGUGGGAAGACCAUUCAAGUACACGAGGCUAACGCAUUGAUUGUUAUGUAUGCAAGAUGUGGUAGAAUGGAUGAUGCUACUCGUGUGUUUGCUGAAACCAGUGAGAAAGACUAUAUAUCAUGGAAUUCAAUUCUCUCUGGUUGUGUUCAGAAUGGGUUGAAUAUGGAGGCCAUUAGCUUCUUUCGUGAACUACUUGAAGUCGGCAUCAAACCAGACCAGGUCUCUGUCAUUAGUGUAGCUUCUGCAUUGGGUCGGUUGGGGAACACAUUGAAUGGCAUGGAGGUGCAUGCAUAUUCUAUAAAACAAGGAUUUGAAUCCAAUUUGCAGGUAGGCAACACACUUGUAGACAUGUAUGCAAAGUUUUCUUUAGUGACUUAUACCAAAGGAGUCUUUCAUAAGAUGCCUGAUAAGGAUUACAUUUCUUGGACAACAGCCAUAGCAGCAUUGGCUCAGAACCAUCAAUAUUUAGAAGCAUUGGAAUUGUUCAGAGAAGUUCAGAAAGAGGGAAUGGAUGUGGACCCGAUGAUGAUUGGGAGCAUUUUAAUUGCUUGUGGGGGUUUAAAAUCUCUCUGCAUUUUGAAGCAAAUCCAUGGUAAUACCAUUAGACAUGGACUGCUUGAUCUCCUACUUGAAAAUAAAAUUAUUGAUAUGUAUGGGCAAUGUGGGAAUGUUGGUUAUGCAUUCUGUGUUUUCAACGGAAUAGAGACUAAGGAUGUUGUCUCGUGGACAAGCAUGAUAUCUUGCUAUAUUCACAACUAUUUCUUUGAUGAGGCUCUUAGUCUGUUUAGAGAUAUGAUGGAAACUAAUGUUGAGCCUGAUGCUGUCACACUUGUUUGUGCUCUCACUGCCACUGCGAGUUUAUCGUCCUUGAUGAAAGGGAAAGAAAUUCAUGGUUUUCUUAUUAGAAGAAACCUUCUUAUGGAACACUCAGUGAACAGCUCAUUAGUUCACAUGUAUGCACAUUGCGGAAAAAUAGGCAGCUCCUUCAAAAUAUUCAAUAUGGCCCAAUGCGAAGACUUGGUUUUGUGGACAACUAUGAUAAAUGCUUGUGGGUUACAUGGCCGAGGCAAGGAAGCAGUAGACUUGUUCAGUAGAAUGCGGGAUAUUGGGUUAGUACCUGAUCAUAUUACAUUCUUAGCUUUACUAUAUGCAUGUAGCCACUCAGGACUUGUUGAUGAGGGAAAAUUUUUCAUUGAAAUUAUGAAGAGUGAUUAUGGUUUAAUGCCAUGGCAAGAGCACUAUGCUUGUAUUGCUGAUCUUCUCGGACGUUCUGGUAGGAUGGAUGAAGCAUAUGAGUUCAUAAACUCUAUGCCUGUGGAACCAACAGGUGUUGUCUGGUGUGCACUUCUUGGUGCUUGUCAGGUACAUUCAAAUCAUGAACUUGGUGAAGUUGCUGCAAGGAAGCUUCUUGAGUUGGAACCUGACAAUCCAGGGAAUUAUGUACUAAUAUCAAAUGUUUUUGCUGCCAUGGGAAAAUGGGAAGAUGUGGAAAUGGUGAGGAACAGGAUGAAGCAGAGGGGACUGAAGAAGGAUCCUGCAUGUACUUGGAUUGAGUUGGGAAAUGAAGUGCAUGCAUUUGUUGCCAGAGAUAGGUCUCAUAAGGAAUCAGUGGCAAUUUACUCAAAGUUGUCUGAGAUACGGCAGCAACUGGAAAGGGAGUAUGGGUAUGUAGCAGAUACUAGGUUUGUUUUGCAUGAUGUGAAAGAGGAGGAGAAGGUAAAGAUGCUAUAUCAACACGGUGAAAGGCUUGCCAUAGCAUUUGGUUUGAUUCACACUUCAGAGAGCACACCCAUUCGGAUUACCAAGAAUCUUCGUGUAUGUGGAGAUUGUCAUGAAUUUAUAAAGCUAGUAUCGAAACUAUAUGAAAGAGAGAUAAUUAUGAGGGAUGCCAAUCGAUUUCAUCAUUUCCAAAAUGGCUCUUGUUCUUGUGGAGAGUUUUGGUGAGCUUUGAUCAGAUUUGGACAUCAUGCUUCACCAGUGGUAGAGAUGUUUUGUUCCUAUUUCAUACAGGAAGGAUCACGAUAAAAAUUGUUUAGACAACCAAAUUUUGGUUGAUGCUUUGUCAGGAUGUUCAAAGCUCAGCAACAAUGAUUUCUAGGUGGAACUUUUUUCAAACAAACUCUAUAGGUUCUGGAUAUGCAUGGUGAUCAUCUAAGGACUAAACAUUCUCAGUGCUAAUAACUGCAAGAUGCAACAGUGAUUCUGAUUAAGCCAUUCGAAGGACAACUGCUUACUGAUGAUGGUAACAAAUCCCAAGUUACCGGCUCAAAGGACAUGAGAUCUGCUGAAGAUAGAAGAUAAAGAUUGUUAGUUAAUGUUCUCCUUUAUAAAACUAGACAAAGGAAAACAAGACAAGCUUUGGCCGUGUUGUCUUUGCAUUGCUAGGAGCGCAAUACAAGGAAUAAAAAGAAAUAAUUGAAUGACAAACUUGCAUUCCUACUUGACAAAAGCAAACGGCGUUCAAUAACCUUUCUUUUCUUGCUUUCACUUACCUU